UGUUACUAAGCCUUCUAUUACGUUAAUGUGCUGUAUACUCCUUUGUGGUCAUAUGAUCAGUUUGUGAAUUGGUAUCGAAUUUAAGGGAGUGUCUUAAUUUUAUGGCAAUAUCUUUAAGAAUAAAAAUGUUCAAAUUAUUUUUGUGUUUUGUAGCUGCAUUAGUUGCAGUUAAAGCAAGUGGAGAUUUUGUAGUUUUACACAGUCCAAAUAGUGUUAUGUUCAAUGGGAAUGAAGAAGUGGAACAAAGCUUGCUUAAAGAAGUAUUAGCGGCUGCUCUAGGGUUCACUGUCAAACUGAGAGGAAUAUGGAGCGGUAUUUCUAUCACUGAUCCAUUUAGACUUCCAGAAGCUGUUGUUGCAGUAGCGAUAGAAGGAGUAGAUUCUUUGGACAUACCAAAAGGAAAAAGAUUUCCUUUAAAUGUGAAUGAAGUUGAAGAAACAACAUGGCAGGCUCUUAGAGAACGUCUUGAAGAGAGAGACAACGAUAAUACCUUAGUGAGGAUAUCUUUAGGUGAUGGUUUGGAUGCUCUAGGACAAUCUGCUCUUGGAGAAUUAAAACCCACCCCCAUCGAUGAAACAUCUUUAAGAGCUUUAAGCCUAGGAAAAGAAGAGGACAAAAAGUUCCUUGAAGAAGUAGAAUUACUCCAUGCUAUUGCUAACAAAGCACCUUCGGCGAUCAAACCAGAUUCAAAGCCUGAUAUUUAUUGGCUUGUCGUAUCUUCUUUGCGCCCGAUUUUAGAUACUUAUGGAAGUAAUUCAACUGCAUCUAGGGAAGCCCUGUCAUUGUUGAAUAAUGCUUUGAAUGUCAUUCAUGAUGCAUUUAUUCAAGCUUAUGAUGGUCAGGUAUUGAUUGUGGCAUUCACAAAUGAUGCAACUAAGGUACAUCAUAUCCGUUCAGUAACUUUAGACAGGCAAAAACGGGAUGCUCCAGAUACGGCUAAUAGAACUAAAAAUCUAGAAUCUGCUUCGGAAGCUAAACGGAUGAAUAAUAGUACAAUAUUUAAUAACAACAACAAUAAUGAUAACUAUAAUAAUAAUAAUAAUAAUAAUGUAAUAAAGCAAGAUGAUCAACGAGAUGAAAAGAAAAAGAUAGAAGACGAAGAGGAUUCGAAUACAAGUAAUAAUAACACUAGCACAAACUACAGUGAUAUGAAUAAUUCUACUGCGAAUAGCGAUACUCGUGAUGAUAGUGGAAUCAGUGAGAAUCAGGAUAUGACUAAUAUGGAUAUAUAUUCCAACACACAAAAUAUAGGACAGGACGUAACGAUUCGCUCGCGCUCGAAAGACUACACGGAAAAUUAUCCCAUUAUCUUUAAUAUCCUCUUAUGGUUUGGAGUUGUUUUUGUCUUUUCACUGUUUGCUAUUUGCAUUGCCAUUUCGCAAAUGGAUCCAGGCCGAGAUUCUAUAAUAUACAGGAUGACUUCUAAUCGUAUGAAGAAGGAUAAUUAAAUGUAAAUACAAGCUAAAUAUAUAAUAAUGAAAAGAAUGUUCUGCAUAUAAUCUGUACUUAAUUUAUUGAUGAUUCGUACGAUAUGCAUCCAAAAUUUCACUUCGAAUCGAUGUGGUAUCAUUUUGUAUCCUAAAGAUGUAACGAAUCACUAUGAUAUACUCAUAUGUAAAAUGUGUAUUUGUAAACGGUCAAUCAUUAAUAUUAAUCGUUCAACUUAGUGUAAACAAUGUCUAGUGUUCUUUGUUGCAUAUUACAUAUAACCAAUAAACGAUUACGAAAUCACACCCGUAGAAUAAUAAUAAAAAUGUUCGAAGUAGAUGAAAUUUGUCAUAAACGAGUACAAAUAAUAGCAGAACAUGUAUGCAAAUGUGUAGUUAUAUAAAAUAAUGUUACGAAAGUUAAGUUGAGCUUUUUGUUACCUAAAGUAAUGAAUAAUUAUAAAACAGAUCAUACCAUAUUAUAUUAUGAUCUUAGAGAUUUAACAAAUUUUGAAAUUUGAACUGUCUUUAAAUAUUAUGAAAAUUUGUAUCGAAAGAAUCAAUGAGUUAAUCUGUAAAUUUUUAUCUGACAAAUAUUAAAUCGAAUUAUGCGGUA